AUGGAUGCAUGUGGAGGACCACUUGGUAAUCUUACCGCCCAUGUCUGGCUCUCUCUUCAGAACAGCAUGAUUCUCUCUGCUGCCAUCUUCAUCACCCUCUUAGGCCUGCUUGGUUACCUCCAUUUUGUGAAGAUUGAUCAGGAGACUCUGUUAAUCAUUGAUUCCCUUGGCAUCCAGAUGACUUCAUCCUAUGCUUCAGGCAAAGAAAGCACCACCUUCAUAGAGAUGGGCAAGGUCAAGGAUGUUGUCAUUAAUGAGGCUAUUUACAUGCAGAAGGUGAUUUACUACCUCUGCAUUUUAUUGAAGGAUCCAGUGGAACCACCUGGGAUAUCCGAGGUAGUACCUGUCUUCCAGAGUGCCAAGCCCCGGCUGGACUGCUUGAUUGAAGUAUACAGGAGCUGCCAGGAGAUCCUGGCACACCAGAAAGACACAUCAACAAGCCCAUGAGCCCCAGCAUUCAGAAGGCCAGUAUUAUCUUCCGUGAGAGAUGACUCCCAAGCCAUAGUUGCUGGUUUAUUUUCUGUAUUCUAAAUCAUUUGGUGGACACAGUCCUAGGAACCAGUACGGAUGGAGUGGAUCUCAGAGCUGUAGAGCAGGUGACUAGAAAUCUAACUCAGAGUAUUUCUGUGUAUUACAGUGUUCCCCUUGUAAGGUUUUGCCUACUUUACUGAGGGGAGAUUAAGAAUUUUGACACGAAAUGUGAAAAGUAGUAUCGGCGAAGGUACAUUGUGAAAUUCCUAAGCACAUUAAAGUUUAUUUUGUGUUGACA